AUGGAAGGUAUAAAGUUUUUGAUUCUCAUAGCCAUUUUGGCUGAGAAAGAACCUUCUAGAACACCAGUGAAGAUCACUCGCUACACCAAGACUGCCAAUCUGACUAAACUAGUAGUAAAUGACAUAACCCAAAUCACACUUCCAAACAGCUUUGACUGCCCAUUUCAAUUCUCACAAGAACUCAGCCAGCAGGAACUAACAACCUUAGAUAAGCUCCAUGAAGGUCCCGAAGACAACAUAAUGUUGGUAUGUAAAGUCUUUAAACUUGGUGAAACAAAAGUUGUAGGCCAAGCCAAGUACCAUGUCCUCGAUGCUACUAUUACUGAUACCACAGUAUCCGGUCGUUUCGCCUACGGUCCGUUCGCCUACAUCUAGAGUCGAAUCGCCUACAUCUUGUAUGUCAAACACAACAACAAAAGUCGAUACAUGCUAUCCUCUAUGUCUAGAAAACCAACACGCUAAAACGCUCAAGUUAGAAUGUUUUUAAAUGAUUUAUUAUGGCGGAACCCGGUCAUCUGCAAAUAGAAUGUGUGAACAAUAUUUUGCUUAAAAUGAUUUAAGAAACGUGUGAUUGUAAAACUGAAAGACCUCAGAAGAGUCAUGGAAGUGACUAUGUUCUCUGCCGCACCAAGCCUUCCAUUGGGCACAAGGACUGAGGGAAGGAUACGGAGGGUUUAAAGAAAUUACACACAGUUUUAUGUUUUGCGCUUAUCUAUUUCCCAAAGAUACACUAAGUGUUUACUCAAUGCUAGUGUUUACUAGUGAACUCUAAAGUUAAACAAAUCCGUAAAAUAGAGAAUACUACUUGACAACUGAUGAACUAAUGACCUACAUUGCAAACCUUGGACUUUCAUUUUUCCCUUACAGCCAAGUCUCGGCAUCAUUGAAUCUUCCAUCGAGGAGCCACUCAUGGGAGCUGUCACAGUGUUCGAGAAUCUAACUCCAAACAAUCGCAUAGCAUUCCAACUAGUGGAAGAAGGGACUAUGCAUCGCAAAACAAAACUAGUGGACAGCUUGCGAUACAGCUACAACGUCAGGUCCAAAUGGUCAUACGCAACUUACUGGCAGUGCACGGUCCAUCCUCGAGGAAAUGCUUGCAAGGCUACAGUAAUACAGCAAGAUGGAACUUUUCAAGCAGGAACCAAGGCCCAUUACCAUUCUUCAGAACCAGGGGCAGUGACAGCAGCCAAAAUCGUGAAGUUAGUAAAAGAGAAGGCUCUGGAGGAUAAGUUCAAGCUGGCUUCAGCAAUGGUGGGAGAGGUAUUUAUCUUGCACCUUACGGACUUACAAGUGAACUUAGCUAAUUGGCGCUUACGUAAGAAUAACGUGAAAUUUUCGAAUCCGAAAUUUUCUAAUUUCUAAUUUUCUAUGUCGUAAUUAUUUGAUAAUUCAGAACAUUCUACAAACUUUUCAAAGACUUUCUUAAAAACAACAACAACUCUUUAUUCCAUUUUUGAGAAAAAUAACUGAAAGACGGUUAGCUGUUUUCAAAAGAGUACCAAUUUCUGCCUUAAGGGCUUGGUUUUCAUUCUUCAGAAUUGUAACAAAUUCAGGCAUCUUUAUACCUUAAAAUGCAAAAAGAGUAUCAGUUUCUGCUUUAAGGGAUUGGUUUUCUUUCUUGAGAAUUGUUAAGUAACGUUUUUUAUUUCCCCCCUUUUUUUUCAGGUCUUGUUAAAUAAACUGAACGAUGCAGGUUGUCCAGAACUCUCUAAGCCACAGGAUAUGGCUUGA